UACUUUCACUUCUGCACUUUUUUCCAGGAAAUGGGGCACGCUAGUUAUUAAAUCAGUGAUGCAAUUCUGCCAAGAAACCACAUGUACAUAAAGAUGAAACGCAUAUAUAAAUAGAUGGGAAUUGCUUCUCACCGCAGAUUCACACUGCGAGAUCUCAAAGCAGGCAGCAUGGACAGCAAAUAUGCUAUCAUCCUCUGUGUCCUCAUUCUCUCCGCUGCUCUUACAAAAGGGCAAGGUAUUGGAGGGAGACGCUGUUUAUGCAAAAAACUGUCCAAAAAGCUCAACCUGAAACACCUGAUAAAAAUCGAAAUAUUUCCAGUUCGUUCUAGAUGUGAAAAUGUUGAAUAUGUGGCCACAAUGAAAGGCAACAGAAAACCUAAAUGUCUCAGUCCAAAAUUAAAACUGUUGAAGGAUAUACUGUCUGGAAAGAGGAAACAACAGUCCAUUAAAGUAAUAAAACACGAGUAAGGAUGUGAUGUGACCCUCUGCCUUUAAUUGAAAGCUACAUGGAAUCUGCUGGCUGAAUGUAUGAUACUAAAGGGAACACAGGAGCAACUACUGAAAUGUUCUUUUAUCCUAAGCCAUUUACAGUGUUAUAAAUAAAGGUGGGGUGCAUUUUUACUAGAACAUGUUUAGAUCAGGGAUAUUUCUGUACUCAAAAUAAGCAAAGUUCUUUAAAAUUGCAAUUUUAUGGAAAUUAAAGGUUAAAGCUUAUAUAGCAUAUUUCUACUUUAAAAAUGUUGUACAAGUAAAAAUACUAAAUAUUAUUGCAGCAGUGGAAAAUUAUUAAGUGUAAAUAAUGUACAGAAAUCUUUGUACUAUUUAUAAAUUUGUAAAUAUGUUUUCCUUUCUCCAACUGCUAACUUUGUAAGGAAAGUUGAAUGAUUUCCUUUUGUAUUGUGUUGGAUUUGACAUUAUAAUUUCUUACAUUUAUAUGUAUUCAAGGUUUUUAUUUUUUUUAUAUGAU